AUGGUAGCAUUGAUAUACAUCUUCAGCGUUCUCUGCAUAUAUCUGGCUUUUCCCUGGACCAAUGCGCUGGUGCUGCGGUCGCAGGACGGCCUUGGGCCGUUGUCUCCACGGGGACAGACCGUCCUUGAUGGAACGACUGUCCUACCGGAACGACUUCCUUCCGACCGCUCGUCACAGCCGGCCAAUUCGGUGAACAGCACGCAGCGAGAUCUGCUGAGUGCAUUGAAUGUGAUGCAAGAUAAAUACUUUCAACUAUGGCAGGGAAAAUGGCCCACAGCUAUCGAUUGGACAGCUGCAGUGCUUGGGACUCACAUCUCGGCCACGCUCUCGUCGCUAACUUCCGCGGUGAAUGAUAUGCUGCCACCACCCAAACAUUUGGAUGCGAAUAUAGAUCCUAGAGUAACAUCGAUGAUCGACUACUAUGGCCAGGCUUUUGAGAAUCUUAUCAAUCACUUCUUCGACCACUCCAUGGCCUUUUACUUCGGCGAAGAUGCAUUUGCUGUGAGGAACCAGGCCUUUGAUGAUAUGCUCUGGCUAGUAUUGGAAUGGCUAGAGAGCAUCAAGUUUCAGAAGCUGCACUCAGAUUUGCACUACCAUAAGUUCGCGUAUCCUAAAACUACCGGCAAAAGACCUGGGUGGCAUGGCCUCCAAUUCCAUAUUCCAGCAGCUCAUCGAGCUCGAUUGUUUUACGAACUUGCGGCCAAGGGAUGGGAUAGUUCCCUCUGCGGAGGUGGGAUGAUUUGGAGCCCCCAUCUGACUCCUUAUAAGAAUGCUAUUACAAACGAAUUGUACAUCUCUGCCAGUAUCGGGAUGUAUCUCUAUUUCCCGGGUGAUGUGAUCGAAUCGCCCUUCAUGGCGGAAUCUCAGAAUAGCGAAAUCUUGCCUGACGGAAAUCCUCACAAUCCAGCUCAUCUAGUUGCUGCUAUUGAGGCAUACGAUUGGCUUAACAACUCGAAUAUGACUGGACCAGGUAGCCUCUAUGCAGACGGGUUCCAUGUCAAAGGGUAUCAGGACACCGAAAAUCCCGGCACACGCAAGUGCGAUGUCCUUAACACGAUGGUGUACACGUACAAUCAAGGUGUAAUUCUCAGUGGGCUCCGGGGCCUUUGGCUGGCCACUGAAUCGCCGCAGUAUCUGGACGAUGGGCACCAACUCGUCCGUAAAGUUCUUUAUGCCACGGGAUGGCCCAAUAAGUCCAGCGAAGAGUGGGCCGGCCUUGGUCGUGGGGGCGUCUUAGAGGAUGCAUGCGAUUCUUCCGGCAACUGUUCUCAAGACGGACAGACGUUCAAAGGGAUUUUCUUCCAUCAUUUAACCGAAUUUUGUCGUCCCAUUCGACCGCAGGAGGAGCAUUUUCUGGUCAAUUCCAGUCGCACAAGCGAGGAUGAGAGCGAUUGGUACUACGUAUAUAAAUGGCAUCAGGCACGAUGCCGGACGUAUGGGCCAUGGAUCAAACAUAACGCAAACGCUGCCCUCAUGACUCGAGAUGCUGAUGGCAAAUUCGGAACCUGGUGGGGAAGAGAAUAUCGCAAGUCCGAUGACGCGCUCACUUAUCGGAGCACCCUGCCUCAAGGUGCCGUGGAUUAUAGAAACCACGGCGACCUUGCAGAAAAUCUAGAGCUCGAGAUAUCCAGACCCUGUGGCCAGACCCCUCUGACUGAGCAUCCGGACGUCAUAGGCAUGCGGCAUAAGGACUACAAUGACCGGGGCCGGGGUCGUACUGUAGAGACGCAGUCUGGGGGUGUAGCCGUUCUGCGAGCCUUGUACCAAUGGGAAAAUUUCCCUUCUCUUUCUGGCAAGGAUGUCUGA